GUAACGUAACAUAGCGAAAUGUAUUUACACUUUAUGCUGAAGCUGGGUAAGUGGGUCAAACAGUAUGGCUGAGAAGGAGACGUGUUUUGGGAUUCCUGACGGGUAUACCAAGGCGCCUGCUUUCAUUCCACCCAACAAAGAUCAAUUGAAAAAAAUCGCUGAAGACUUGGGCUUGCAACUGUCGCAGGAAGAACUGAACGAAUAUAGAGAAUUUAUGCUCACCCUGGAGGACAAAUACCGCAUACUUGAUGAAUUGCCAGAACCUACUUUGCCUGUUAAAUACCCAAGAACUCCCGGGUGGCGUCCUAAGCCGGAGGACAACCCUUUCAAUGGCUGGUACUGGCGUACGGAUAUUCAAGGUGCCCCCUCUGGGAAGUUGGCUGGGAAAACCCUGGGUAUCAAAGACAACACGGCGGUGGCUGGGGUACCUAUGAUGAACGGGUCCAGGGUGUUGGAGGGCUACAUGCCAGAGUUUGAUGCCACUGUGGUCACAAGGAUACUGGACGCAGGUGGACGAAUUUUGGGAAAAACUGCGUGUGAGGAUCUGUGUUUCAGUGGAACUAGUUUUACCAACAGCAAAAUGCCGAUUUUAAACCCCUACGAUGUAUCCCGGUCCGCCGGUGGUUCUAGUUCGGGGAGUGGCGCUUUGGUCGCCGGAGGUCAGAUUGACAUGGCUCUUGGCGGCGACCAAGGUGGAUCUAUACGUAUGCCUGCCGCAUGGUGUGGUAUUGUGGGGUUAAAACCCACGUGGGGGUUGGUUCCGUACACUGGCGCAAUCGGUAUGCACCCUUGCGUUGACCAUAUGGGCCCCAUGGCCAGAACUGUAGAGGACUGUGCUCUUCUCUUGGAGGUGAUCGCUGGUUAUGACGACGGCCUUGAUCCCAGGCAGGUACAUAUACCAAACAUCGUGGUUCCUGAGUACUCAAAACUGUUGACCGCAGAUCUCAAGGGCAUGAAAGUGGGCAUGAUAAAAGAAGGAUUCGCCAAGUGUGACAGCGUUGUCGAGUCCACCAUUCGUAGUGCCAUGCAAUAUUUUGAGGAAGCCGGUGCCACAGUGGAGGAGACUAGCAUCGGUGAAUGCUUUGUGGUACCUAUCUUAUAUGAAGGCACUUAUGAAACCAUUGUGAAUCUAACAUCUAUUUUUGGGUUUCCUGGAAUUUACCCAACUGCCAUGGAACAGGCUGCAGCUCGUGGAAUGAGGACGCAUCUCAAUGAUGUAUCUCAUACGCUCAAGGGAGUGACCUUGGUCGGAGCGUACACCAAACAACGUUACAACCACAUCCACUAUGCUAAAGCCAUGAACUGCGCACGACUGCUGCGGAAGGCCUAUGACGACGCUCUUGCCAAGUAUGACGUACUCGUCCUGCCCACUAUGCCUUUUUUGCCAACAAAGCUGCUAGAAAAAGGAUGCAGCGUCAAAGAAACUUUAAAACGAGUCCAAGAUAUGCUUAUUGGCAAACCACAGUUCAAUAUCACACACCACCCAGCCCUUAGCAUUAACGCUGGCUUUGCAAAUGGGCUUCCGGUUGGCCUAAUGAUCGUAGGAAAGCAUUUCGAUGAGGUCACAGUGCUCAAGGCUGCGUACGGAUUCGAGAAAAAGCGAGAUGAGAAGUGAUGACGUGUUCUCUCAAGCUCUUUGAAGUAUGUCGAUUGUAAAGUAACAUUUAUAGAUAUUCCCCUCAGUAAGAAGA